CUCCCAAUGAUAGCAACACGCAGCUGUGCAUUCUCACGGGAUACGUCGUGCUCAACUACAUGGUGGUCGCGUGGCUGUUGAUCUACUACAAACUGCUGCUAGUGUAUCUAGAGCACAGGGAUCCCUCCCAAACCAACAGCAGUGGCAGUGGCAGUGGCAGUGGCAGUGGUCAGACGGACCAUCCUGGACUACCCAGGUACCAUUUGUCUUGA